AUGGUACACUUGCUGCAAUUGUGGCGGCGACUCACAAACGCCAACUUCGUCGGGUGUCCAGGCCCCUACCAAGGAGGCCCAGAAGCGGCAGCUGUCACAGUUAGGCCCGCAAUGUCCCGGGCCAACCAAACCAGCGGGCGAGGCGAUCAACGGAGACCCACUCUACGCGCCCCACCACACGCCCCUGCCCCGCUGGGACACCCGCCACCGCCGCGCCCCAGCCCGCCCAAGGCGACCAGCGCGGGACGAGUUCCACCAGCGGGAACUCCGUAUCGGAGAAUGAAGCUGAGGACGACCAUGCCGCAGAAGAAGAAGGCGCAGGAGGAAACCCCAGAAAACCCAAAGCCAACCGACUUCCUUCGCCCCGCCGGCAAUAAGUGGUUGGAACCUUCCGGUCACACAGAGACCCUAGGGCGAACUCCCAGGCAAGAAACUAGAGUGGCCACAUACUACCAGCCACCUCCGCCGCAAAAACAAACGGAAAGGCGCCAGCAGCUUGAAUGCAGCAGCAGAAGCAGCCCGCCCCCCGCCCCAGCGCGAGCCUACAAGCCAUCUUGA